CUAACGCACGUCUUCAGCACGGUCGAACGUCAAAGUUGUCAAGUUUUUGCUGAAAGUCGAAGCCCAGGUCGCCCCAGUGACAGACAGUCUAAGUGUUUACGAAUUGGAAGAGUUAAUAACAACAGAAGAAGGAAAAACGGAACUGGUGGAUUCAUCUGCAAGUGUAAAAUGAGCGACGUAUUUACGAUUUCCAACAUCCUCAUACCAACAGUUGAUGUUAUGUGAGUAAAGCAAUCUCUGAAUCGACAAUCCAAUAAAUCAAAGAUGAUCUACCCUGCACUGCUGCUGCUUCUUGUCCUUCAUCAGCAUGCCUCUGCAGAGAUCCUCGUUCUCCAUAAGGAUCCAGCUUUCAUGGUGGAAUCCUUCAGAGACAUGGCAUCCACCUUUGGCAUUCCCCUACCCUAUGAGGGACUCCAAGGAAUGUUCGUAUACGCUGAACCGAUUCACGCCUGUGAGCCAAUAAAGCCACCCCCGAACUUUACCAAUCGCUUCGGAAAGUGGUUUGUAGUCGUUUCCAGGAACCAGUGUCCUUUUGAAAAGAAAGUCCGGAUAGCCCAAGAUGCGUUUUACGAGGCUGUGAUUGUGCACAACGUUGAUUCCGAUGCGCUGGAGCCAAUGUCCGCAAAGAAUUCGAGCGGAAUAUUCAUACCCUCCGUUUUCGUCUCCGAGACUACCGGCAAAGGCUUACUUCGCUACUCGUACAACAAUAGCGGAGAGUAUUUCAUCAUUAUCAACUCCGAUAUGCCGUUCAAUAUAAACACCCAUCUGCUCUUGCCAUUCGCCAUUGCAGUUGGAAUUUGCUUUUUAGUAAUGCUAAUCUUUAUGGUCGUCAAGUACGUGAGAGACCGAAGAAGGCAACGCAGAGAUAGAUUGAGUUCUUCGGCUCUGAAUAAGAUACCAACGAAUAAGUUCCAGAAGGGUGAUCCGUACGAGACCUGUGCCAUAUGCUUGGACGAUUACGUCGACGGCGAGAAGCUGAGGAUACUGCCAUGCUCCCAUGCAUAUCAUGCGAAAUGCAUCGAUCCGUGGUUGACGAAGGCACGUCGCGAUUGUCCGGUGUGCAAGAGAAAGGUGUUCGUGAACGAUGAAGUCCCGUACUCUGAUACCGACAGCGAUACCGACAGCGAUGACAGAACGCCCCUGCUGACAGGCGUAGCCAACGGGCGAACUGUCACACAGGGCGGCACCUUCUCCGAUCUGGUGCCCUCCCACUUCUUUCUCAAUCAAUCGCAAGCCGAGCCCGCAAAUUUCGUCACCGCUUCCGAUCGCCACAGCAUCAACGGUGAACACAACCCGGACGACUCAGACUACUUCCAUGAAUUCUCCAGCUCUACCGACUCUGGCUCCACCGACUCCUCCUCCGUCAGCUCCGGCCAUAUGGACAACGGAAGCCGCACGGACGUCAUCGUCUAACGUCCUGGUAACAAAUAUACUUUCGCUUAUUGAUUUCUCUCCUACAAAAAAAGAUAUUUCAAAUUGUCGCCUUCUGUCCGCCUGUUUAUAUUAAUACUAUUAUUAUUGUUAUUAUUUUAUUUCUCUUUCACGAUAACGACUACAUAUUUAUACAUAUAAGAUAAAUUGAAAACACAUUUGACUGGUUAUUGUAUCUGAUGCUUACAUACAAAACAUAUUUAGAUAAUUUUAAACGAAGUUUAUUUUAAUUGUUUGCUUUGCGGCAGUAACUAAAUAUUUGCAAUCAAGUAAAUACAUAAUUGUUAAUACGAUAUAAUAUAUAUAUAUAGAAUGAAUACGUACAUGCGAGCGUUUGGAAGAGCGAUAAGAGAUGAAAGAUCAAACUCGAAUUUCGGUGUUGGACGUGUUAUUUGCAUUAGCGGAAUGCAUAGAAGAAUGUUGUUUUUUGUUUAUGUCUUUAUUACACCCUGUAUGAGUUUAGUUUAUACGUUUAGUUGGUGCUAAUGAUUUAACCCAAUCGAAAAGAAGUGAUAUAUAUAUAUACA